GUUAAAUAACACCAUCGUGCACCGUUUUUCUUACCAUGAGCCGUGGUAAAAAAGUAUCCUUUUUCCUCACCGAAAGCGGUCGUCAGCUCGUAUUUUACGGCGCAACAACAGUUGCAAUAGGACUGUUCGCUGGCCACUACUUUCCACACACGAUAUGCAUUUCUUACUACAAGGAGUUUGUGCAAGCGUACAAAAAUGGUGAAGAACGAAAGCUUUCCGAAAAGCUGGAACAGCGCUACAAGCGUGCAUUGAAUCUGUUGGAUUUGACCGAGUUUGAACAGAAGUUUGCCAACCCGUUCGUCGUGUACGGAUUCGAUGUGUUCAAUAUGGGAUCGUUCAAAACACGGUACGGAGCGUACGUUGGCGUACCGUCCAACUUCGAGUAUGACAGUGUGGCGGCAAUCGAUCGUACCGACAUUAAGAUACGGAAUCAACCGAUCGACUGGAACACGGAACCGGGCAAACUGCUCGAGGAUGCGCUCGUGCUGAGUGAGGACGAGCAGGUGUUUGGUAUGGCGCGCGAACUGCUCACGAUGAAAUCGCACAAAACGCUCGUACAAUCCAUUAUACCAACCGUUUCGUGGGUGUUUACGUACAGCUUAGCGUCACAGUUAAACGAGCGGUGCAACUUUUACGUCCGACCCCGUUCGUUGCGGCUCAUGCUGUACACGAUCUGCGGUCUGUUCGGAUUUGGCAUUUAUUCAUUCUCGACCGAUAUGACCGAAAUUUAUUACGAAACUAAAGUCGAUAAGCAAAUGGCAACGCUCGGCCCGGAUGUGGUUGAUGCUGGAGCAAGGUUUUAUGAUAAAAUGCUUAAGAAAAACGUAGCUAUUCGCAAGCUGACCGGUGAGGAUUACUACACGGCAAAGGGUAACGUGAACUACCUGAUCCGACAGAAGGCCGCCCCAUUGACGUUGCGGAAAGAAUUCUUCCAAACGGGAUACAAGGAUUUCGCGGGCACGGAGGAAACGAGUUAGAGCGGGGCACAGCACACCAAACACUGUAAUUUAGCACGAAAUAAACGAGGUAGUACAGCUGUAUGAAACCUGUUGUAUAAAGAAGAGAAACCAAACAGUCUACAAUCAACGUACUGCCUUCCCGUCCUUAUCUUGCCUCCAUCAGGUACGUAUUCACAACGAGUAAUCAUUCGUUGAAAAAGCAUCUAAAACAAAACAAAAGCUGUUCGCUGUAAAAGAGACGUUAUGCAAACAUGCUGCUGCUCAAUGUUCACCCACUUGUGUGUGCAGUGAAGAGUUACUCUCGAAGCAGUAAUAAGAACAAAACAGCACUAAUAUCUUCAAGUCUUGCGUCACUAUUAACUCAUCGUUUGCACGAUAAAAAGUCCCCGGUUUAAUUAGAGAACUGAAUGAAAUCUUGCAUAGAAAACUAUUUAAUGAUCAAUAGGGAAA